CCGAAUGUCCGUUCCCUGCCCGUCUGUGGAAGAUUUAUUGGAUGGUCGCUUAAGAUAUCAGAGUGGCUGAACCUAAUUUCACUUGCUUGGGAGAAGGUGAUAUAUCCGAAGGAAGAAGCUGGGCCUUGUGCGUGCAUAUCAAGCAAUCAAUUCUAACUCAUGGAGUUGCUCCUAUCGCAAGCAACUGCCGGCUCCACUACCCAUAAUUCCUUCGAGAUAUCGACCCCACUACCCCCGGAAUACAUGCUUGAUAAAUCCAACACAGAGGCUUGAAGAAGGUUUACCGGGUACACCUCCGCAUCUGUUCCUCAGAUUGAAUACUUGUCUACAUACAGUAGUCGGCGAGACGCAGAAGUAAAGAUACUUGGGGAGUUCUGCACUUCUAGUUUGGAGGAAGAGGGGUAAAAGAAAAAAGAAAAGGCUGUCACCCCCACGCUCUUUGGCCUGAACCUUGGAAUCAUCCCUGCUGUCGUCGUAUCAUUGUGCCGCUGAAGAAUUGACGAACGGGACGGCACGGCGUGAGGGUCGCCCCUCUUUUCUCCACAUUGGGAAGUAAACAUUCGAUUCUGGGAACAUCAGGAACUGUCCAUUGGUCCGUUCACAAGGGUCCAGAUAAGCUCCCCUUUACUUUCUCCGGACUCGGCUAAGUUUGAAGCUGCUUUCUCUUCCCGGGGAAGUUGAUUCCAUCCCGAGCUGCCAAGCAUCUGCAUUCAGGAGCUGAUACCGGAUUUCCCGAAUCACGACUGAGGCGCCCAUGUGGCGUGAACAAUCAACACGGCACACAAGAAAAAGAUGAAAGUGAAACCACUGGAAGAGUCAGGACUCAGGGGGCGACAACAUUGGAUCCGGGAACUUCGAUCGCGAAGAUUUAUCGCAAGCCAUCAUUGAAGAAGUUUAUCGAGGCUUGCAGUGGGAAGGCCGAAUCAAGGAAUAUUCCCACAGGGGUGCCAUGAAAGAAGAAAAGAAAACAUUCCUGCCUCGUCACCACGUUGCGGAUAACCCUGCAGCAUACAGUGUAAGGAUUCCAAAUCUUGUAAGCGAGGCGUAGUUGGUGAUACCACUGGGUCGGCAGCUGGAAAACAGAACGUCUCCUUAAUCAUCUCACUGCAUUAUAUUACUCAGAUGAUCGCACGCAUACCUUCUCCACAAACUCAACGGCGGAUCCGGUGAAACUCAAUUGACUUUGGCAGCUGUAUACUACUGGAUCCAAAAUGAUACCCGGAGGUAGGUCCGUCGUGGUUGAGGUCGCAAUCCUCAGUGGCUUCGUGUUGUUCUUUGUGGCAGCUAGAUUGGCUUCGAAAGUUAUUCGGCAUAGUUCUUUCCAGUCGAUGGGCAACAGACCCGCUAGGAGUUUUGUUGAUAAGCUUCGAAUGUUUGACCUAGAUGAUGCCCUCAUGGUUUUCAACCUUGCUCUUUGGACCGUUGUUUCUUACGGAAUCUGGGUGCAAAUUCUCUGGGGAACCAACUAUGUGACACCGGAUAUGAUUGUGGACUGGACUCCCGAGGACUACCGACUGGCUACAAUGGGCAGCAAAUGGGCUCUCGCAAUGGAAGUUGCGAAAGUUUCUUGUGUCUGGGGAUGCAAAGCUUGUUUGCUGAUUCUCUACUUCAGCAUGACAAAAGGGCUGCAAAAAUAUCAGAAAGCUGUUAUCGCUGUCUCGGUUUAUGUUGCCAUUGGAUACGUGAUUGUUAUAUCCUUUCUGCUCGGAUAUUGGUGUCGGCCUAUCAAUGUCUAUUGGCAAGUUCCCGUUCCAGACGACAAGAGCGAAUGUAGCACCUAUCGGAAGCAUAUGAUUCUUGACGCAUGUUUGAACAUCACCGGUGAUGCAGUCAUGCUCUGUCUACCCAUUCCGCUUUUAAUCAGAGCAAAGUUGCCUCGUGCAAGGAAAUAUGCCUUGCUCGCAGUAUUCAGUUUAGGUGGAAUCGUGAUCCUGUGUGCCGUCCUCAAUCGAAUCACGAACUUUCUCGCUCCCUUCGGCUCCCUCUCAUACCUCAAUUGGUAUGCUGGCGAGACAGCAACCGCAAUGAUCGUCACAAACGUGCCCUACUUGUGGCCAUUGAUCGCGCGGACAUUCAAGCUCGGAAGCUUUUCACAAAAUACCACGAACAACAAGUCAGGCUUCAGUAUGGGGAAUAUGAAGAAAGGGAAUUCUUUCAAUCCUGUGGGAAGUGAGGAGAGAAUCGCGGGCGAUGCUCAACCACAGGGAUCUGCAUAUCCGGAAGACAAGAUGGAUCUGACAGGGAAGAAAGGGUUUUCGGAAACCAAUGUCUUCGCUGGAGGUUGGGAGGACGAGGAACUUGAUUCGGAUGGGAGCAGUCCGAAAAUCCUUAAGACGGUCGCUGUCACACAGUAUAGGCGUGACGCGUAGCUUUACAUUUCUGGUGCAACUGGUGUUUUCUUGGAUAAGGGGGCAGUGUAAAUGACGAAUGUAUGAUAGAUAUGGCGAGGUCGCUAAGUGGAAAAGACACGAGCGAUUAUGAAGAUACGGUCUAGACCUCCACGAGAUUCUGUUCAUAUAAUCGUUUCAUCUUCUGUA